CUCAACACUCAAGCAGCUUUUGGACAAAGUGGGGCUGGGUAGCUCGUUGGAGCUCACUGGAAAACCCAUUCGACUUAUACCCAUGGGCUUCUUAGACAUUUUUCUUAACAAACCCGCGAAUCGCGGCCCAAAUCUACGUACAACAUAAGCCUGCCCAGUUGUCUAUCCACUAACAAUAAGGAAAACCGACAUGUAACAAUUAAAAAAUCUAUUAUUUAAUAUUUUAUAAAUAUAAGUUAGUUGUAUUGUAAAUUCAACUGCACGUUUAUAAUACUCCAAUAAUUCGCAAUUUCCCCAAUUAAUCCAGUUCAUAUUCGGCUUAUUACGGCCGGCCGCGCAGAUAGAGAGAGAAAAGUCUCCCCUUCUUCUUCGUCCUGUCUUCCUCUCUCCCCCGAUGUCUUCCGCAGGAAAUCCAACCGGCGGAGGUGGCGCCGCCGCCACAGCUCGCCCUCCUCCCGCCUCCGUACCAAAGGCUUUCUUCUGCUACCAAUGUAAUCGCACGGUCACAAUAUCCGUCUCUCCGACCUCCGAUCCCCUAUGCCCUUCCUGCAACGAAGGUUUCUUAGAGGAGGCUGAAAACCCUAACCCCGGUCCAAAUCUCUCCUCCGCCGCAGCAGCCGACCCCUUCGGCGAUACCUUCUUCCCUCCCAUGAGCCCCUUCUCCCUCCUCCCUCUACUCUUCUCCUCCUCCUCCGCCCACGGUGGCUCCGCGACCUUCGAAUUCCAAAACCCUAACAUCUUCGGCGCCCAGCGAUCGCCCUCCGAUCAGGCCGAAUUCAACCCCCACGAUUUCCUCCGCAACUACCUCAACAACCUCCACAACGACGGCGCCAGAAUUCAGUUCUUCAUGGACAACAAUCCUCCCGCUGGCAACCUCGGCGAUUACUUCAUCGGCCCGGGACUCGAGCAAUUGAUCCAGCAGCUGGCAGAGAACGACCCCAACCGCUACGGAACUCCUCCUGCUGCGAAAUCAGCAAUCGACGCCCUCCCUACCGUCAAGAUCACCGGCGAGGCCCAGAGUUCUGAGAUGAAUCAAUGUGCUGUAUGCAAGGAUGAGUUCGAGACGGGUGAUGAGGCGAAACAGAUGCCUUGUAAGCAUGUCUAUCAUCCUGAUUGCAUUGUCCCCUGGCUUGAAUUGCACAAUUCAUGCCCAGUUUGCCGCUACGAGUUGCCCACGGAUGAUUCCGAGUACGAGACCAGGAGGCGCAACGGUGACCAAGGGGGCAACAACCAGAGCCCCGAUGCUGGAGGUCGGACGGAGAGAAGGUUUAGCAUUCAGUUGCCGUGGCCGUUCGGCAGACAAGGUGGUUCCAGCAGCGAUGGGGGAGCUGGUGGCGGCCAAAGUAGUGCCUGAUUUCCAAUUGGGUUAGUUGUUUAUUUUCCUGUUAUCUUUUCUUUCAUUCAUUGUCUAAAGAUUGACCAUAGAAACAUAGCGAUUCCUCUGUAUAGUUUGAAUCUUUGGGAUUUUUAUUCUUAAUUGUUGAGCUGAAUCAAUUACAUUAAGCGUGUUCAUCUUGAUAUUCGUUACUUAAUGAGGUCCCGGAGUAUGAUUGGAGGAGAAGUAUCAGCUUUAAAAUUGAGGGUAUAAUGUGGUUAACCUAUGUUGCUCUUCAAUUGAUGAUUCAUUGUUCUCGAGUGUUCUGAAGAUUUUCCAUACCAAGUUGCAAAAUUGAGAUGCUUUGGAAUUUGUCAUUAUGCCCACCCUCCCGUUGAGGCAAGAAUACAUGUUUUACCUAGGAACCCAACCAUUAUAACUUUUCUGUCAACUUCUGGGUAGAUGUUACUCUUUCAUCUGCAAGUCUUAGAUGUUGUUGAGGUGCCCUGAUUUCGUUAUUCUAUGGCUAGCUUGGCCCUAUAUGUAUGUUUCUCGACGGCUUUUUGUUGAAUGAAUAUUAAGAAUGCUGGUUGAUGUAAGUUGAGCAAAGUGGAACUUGUGGAGACAUUACCUGGUGACUUUCCAAUCUUUUACUUAUAGAUAGUGACAGUGGCAUUCUAUUGGGAGUAUGAUGUAGCACAGGUGGGUUGCUUAUGUUGUUUGGAGUGCUCUUAUGAUUAGGUUUGUUAUAUACUUUCGUAUUUUAUACUUCCCUGGACCAGACAUUGGGAUUAGUAGUGGCCAUUUGUUUCAAAUUCUAGGUUUUGAGUAAGUGCAUGUUGCAGCUGUGCUCCCUUUUCCUGAGAUUUCUGGACUGUCUGUGUGUCCAUUCUGUUCUACUCUUCGUGAUAUCCUUUUCCACGUGCAUUAGACAGUACUUUAUGGUAGCGGUACAUGGUCAUUAUUUGGUCUCUCCAAAUGGGAGAUUUUGUGAGUCAUGGAAGUCGGAUGGGGGUUUCUUGUUCUUUGUCGGGAGGAGAGGGGAUUUCCGUUUUCAGUCAGCACUUGCCUAGGAAGUACACAAACGCAAGCUGUGUGUAUCUUUAGCCUGAUGGUGCAGAAUUUCCGUCUGAAGUAGCUGGAAAGAAUACAUUGUGCCAUUUAAUGUCAGGGAAUGCAACUCCAGUGAAGAGGCUAGGGUUUAAGUGUUUGAGAUCAGACUUGUUGUUCUUAGGUUUGUUACACUUUGCUGACCAUUGAAUUUGUUUUGUCUACCGAACUCCUUUUCCAGGUCAUGAAAAGAUGGAGCGAAGGGGAAGCAAGUAGAGGUGUCACUUUUGUUUUUGUUACAAGGGGCAAGCAAAGGAAGGGGACAGCCAGAACAAGUGUGUAUUACAGAAAGAAGGUGAAGAAGAAGAUGAGAGUGAGCGAUUAGGUUUUGGAUGGAUCGAAUGAAUUGAAUUCGAAGCAAAGUUAGGGUUGUUUCUCUUUUUCUUGUCUCUUGAUUUUUUUGGUUUUAACUUUUAUGGUUGGUUUGUUGGUUGGUUGGUUGGGUGAAAAUAUACAUACACAGGACAGAUCACAUUGAUUUUGUGAUUCACAUACUUAACCGUCUUUAUAUGAUCUUGUACUCUUAGACCCCUACCAACUGGCUACUUUUACAGUCUUUGUGGUGUUGUAGUACUGAGUUAUCGUAACAUAUGCUCAAAGGUGAUGCUCCCACGAUUCCCAGGUGAUCCAAUACGCAAUUGCACGAGGAUCCCUCGCAAUUCUUCCCUAUGGUUGAACAACUAUUCGCGAUACGAGGAUGAAUGUUGUAUUGUACUACCACCCAUCUGUAUUGUUCCAAUUUUAUUGGAUGACGCCGAAGGGGCAUAUUACCUUGGUUCUCUACGAAUUAACUAUGGCGGCAACU